AUAUCACAUGUCAAUAUUCUGACCCAACCUAACCCUAACUUAACCUGAACGGCAUCUCGGAGACUGGUUGAUCAGCUGAUGACAGAAUACAGCUGAUCAUCAUUUGUACGGAUGUGCAUUGUAUAGAUUUGUUUGUGAAUGCACGGAUGAACUUGUUUACAUCAGUGACGAGAAUUCGGGCCUAGAAAUUAUUUUAGUGUAUUUGCAACAAUUAAACAUUUUUGUAGUUAUAUUUUCUUGCACUUUUAAAACUGAAAUGAACGUUGAUACUCUGAAAACCAAGAAAGAGAAUCCGCAAAAAAAUGCAAAUAAAACAAGCAGGCCUUCUUGUCUUUUGCAUUUCUAGAUUCAAUUUGUUAUAAAUUAAUCAAAUUUUAUAGGCAUACUGCAUUGCACGAGUGCAUUCUAAUCGUGGUAUCGCGAAUUCAAGAAUAAGAUUUAAAAAAAUCUACACGAGCGAUAUUGCGUUCUUCAGUGUGUUUUUCAAUCCUGGAAGAAAAUCAAAAUCACCUUAUCAUCGGCUCAAUCUCAUGACGCAUUUACGAUUAAAUCCUAUACCUAAGUUGCAGUCGAUGACUCGCAGAAAGUUUUUCGCCAGGACGAACGUAAUGAUGUUCUUCGUGCCAGUCGUGCUCGUAUUAGUCUUCCUCUGCGCACGUUAUCCAGCCCGAGAAUGUUUGCCGGACGAGCAGACAACUCUUGACAGUAAGCCUAAGUACAGGCUUAUUAUCUUGAUUCUCAGCAAUCCGGACAAUCUUGAGCGCCGGGAUACCAUCAGGAAGACCUGGCUGGCAGAUCGUGGGCAUGAUGCUAUGAUGAAAUAUUUCUUUGUCAUCGGUACCCAGGAUAUCUUGCCAGAACAAAGAAACACCUUGCAGUCGGAGAAAGAGAAGUUCAAUGAUCUGUUGCUGCUGCCUCGAUUACAGGAUUCUUAUGGCACAUUGACAAAGAAAGUUCUCUAUGCUCUUAAAGGCAUUUACGAGCGUUACAACUUUGACUUCUUGCUUAAAUGCGACGACGAUUCUUAUGUCUUGGUGCAUAAAAUCUUGAAAGAAUUGGACAGGUGGCAGAACAAAGGUACUAGAAGAGAGCUUUAUUGGGGUUUCUUUAACGGACGAGCGCAGGUGAAGAGGAGCGGUCCUUGGAAGGAGACAGAUUGGAUCCUUUGCGAUUAUUAUCUUCCUUAUGCCUUAGGUGGUGGAUACAUUUUAUCCCACAAUCUCGUCAAGUUUAUCGCCAAUAAUGCUGAUAUCCUAAAGCUGCAAAAUUCCGAAGAUAUCUCUGUGGGUCUCUGGCUGGCGCCGUUGGCAAAUAUUGAAAGAAAGCACGACAUACGCUUCGAUACCGAAUACAGAUCGCGCGGUUGCUCCAAUCAAUAUAUAGUCACGCAUAAGCUAACUAUUCAAACUAUGAAGAGCAUGCACGAGUAUUAUCAGGCUUCUGGUGCACUUUGUUCCAAAGAAAUAAGGAAUCGCAUGAGUUAUCAGUACAAUUGGACUGCACCACCCAGUCAGUGCUGCAACAGACAAUCCGGAAUCCCUUAAUACAAUGAAACAAAGAUUUCUGCAAUAUUCUAGUCUGAUUUUUUGAGAUACUUGCUCAAAAAAUAUACUUUGACAUUUAUAAUGAUAUGCUAUAUAAUAAUAUUCUAUUUAUAUCUUGACUUAUGUGUUUGUUAGGAUAGUUAUACAUUAUACAUAAAUAUAAAAUAUCAUAAAAUCCAUGUAAUGUUUCAAAGAACGUAUUCUAAGCAGUAUUAUUGAGUGUGAAGAGGACAAUUGCAAAUUGCAAGCGUGAUUUUAUGAUGUUCCUUUGAAGAGUUAAAGCGAAAAUUUUGAACUUCAUUUUUACUUGAGCAUUAUUGUACAAUGACAUGCUAUAAUUAAUCAAAAAUGCUUAUAAAUAUAUUUUGUAAAUACUCAGCAAUGGAUAGAUAGACAUAGACGAGAUAAGCUUCGAUGAAUCAAAUAUAUUUUUUUAAUCAUAUAUAGUGUACUUUGUUUAUAAUACAUUUUUCGUCUUCAACAGAAGUUUACUCUGUGUGUGUAUGUAUAUAUAUAUGUAUAUAUACAUAUUCAUAUAUAUACAUACUGUAUGCAAUGUACAUUUCUAACAUAUAAAAACAGCAAUAACAUUAAUAAUUUAAUAUUAUAAUUAAAACUAUAUAUUAGAUCAAUACUAGGUGAUCACACUGCGAACAAGUCACAGAUAUAUUCAAGAAACGGCCAUAUAAAAAAAUGGCAAGAAUAUCAAACAAUUCUUAUAUGUACGACGUUUAGAUUGCCAAUAAAUCAUUAUUCUCUUAUAUAAAAGGAAUAUACAGUGUAACAGCGAGAUACGAUGGCCGAUUCUUAAAACAUUUUCUAUGAUUGUGAUACACUUAUGCCCGAACUGUGCUUCCAUUACAUCUAAAAUUGAUAAUAAAUAUUAUUUGACUUA